UGGCGGUGGGCCGUCGAGGGUGGGCUGUGGGGUCCGCCUGGACCCGGACCUCAGUGUGGGGCGUGCCCGUGAAGGUGUGUGUAGGGGGGACCCACUCAGCUGUCUUCGGUGGGAUCGAGGGCCGCUCAUUCUUGCACAUUUUCACAUUCUCUCUCCAUCUUGGGGGUAGAGGAGCUGAAGAAGGAGCGGCCAGAUGUGGGGGUAGGAGAGGUAUGGGCAGGACUGUUAGGACUCCUGUGUAUGUGUAGGAGCCCGGCAAAGCUCAUCUGGGUUAGGAAACACUUUCGCAUUCUCCCUUCUGGUCACCAUUGUCGCACAGGGAGCAGGGAAAUGGGUCUGUGCUGCGAUUCCCUUUCCUUUCCUCCCACAUUCGGCUCUUUUCUUUGCUUGCUGUUUCUGAUUCCUUCUCUCCUCUCUGUCUCUGCCCCACCACGGGUCUCUUUCCCCUGCGUUCAUUGGCUCUGCUUCCCUUCCUCUCUCCCUCCCGCCCCUCACGAGUGAGUGACAGCUGUCCCGGACAGUUUCUAUAGUAACCCAGCUUGCCAUCCUUGGGAGAUGAAGCUGCCACCUUCCUGAUUACCAGGGAGCUGUGCAGAGACCGAGGGACAGAGCUGGGGACGCACGGGGAGGUGGUCUUCCUCGCUGUGGCCGUGCCCCUCCUCACAUGCGCGGGACAGGGAGGGACAGAGCGAUCCCAGAGACCAGGGACUCGGCUGAGGUGGUGUCUCCUCCCACAGGGGACCGGAAGCUGUUUGUGGGGAUGCUGAACAAGCAGCAGUCGGAGGAGGAUGUGCUGCGGCUGUUCCAGCCCUUCGGGGUCAUAGACGAGUGCACUGUGCUUAGGGGGCCUGACGGCAGCAGCAAAGGCUGUGCCUUUGUCAAAUUCUCCUCCCACACGGAGGCCCAGGCCGCCAUCCACGCCCUGAACGGCAGCCAGACCAUGCCGGGAGCCUCUUCCAGCCUGGUGGUGAAGUUCGCGGACACAGACAAGGAGCGCACCCUCCGGCGCAUGCAGCAGAUGGUGGGCCAGCUGGGCAUCCUCACGCCGUCCCUCGCCUUGCCCUUCAGCCCCUACAGUGCCUACGCCCAGGCUCUCAUGCAGCAGCAGACGACGGUCCUGUCCACCUCAGGCAGCUACCUGAGCCCAGGCGUGGCCUUCUCUCCCUGCCACAUCCAGCAAAUUGGCGCCGUCAGCCUUAACGGGCUGCCCGCCACGCCCAUCGCUCCUGCCUCUGGGCUGCACUCGCCCCCACUGCUCGGCACCGCCACCGUGCCCGGCCUGGUGGCGCCCAUCACCAAUGGCUUCGCUGGUGUCGUGCCCUUCCCAGGCGGGCACCCUGCCCUGGAGACCGUGUACGCCAAUGGCCUGGUGCCCUACCCAGCUCAGAGCCCGACCGUGGCCGAGACGCUGCACCCUGCCUUCUCCGGAGUCCAGCAGUACACAGGUCCCGAGGGCUGUAACCUGUUUAUCUACCACCUCCCCCAGGAGUUUGGAGACACGGAGCUGACCCAGAUGUUCCUGCCCUUCGGCAAUAUCAUCUCCUCCAAGGUCUUUAUGGAUCGGGCUACCAACCAGAGCAAGUGUUUCGGAUUCGUGAGCUUUGACAACCCAGCCAGCGCACAGACCGCCAUCCAGGCCAUGAACGGCUUCCAGAUCGGCAUGAAGAGGCUCAAAGUACAGCUGAAGCGGCCCAAAGAUCUGGGACACCCCUACUGACUGUGCCCACAGCCGCCCUGAGGCUGAGGGCCUGGCCCAGGUGAGCCGCCAGGCGGCCCCACGCCCCGCCCAGCCCCGGUCUUGUCCGAACCCCACCCCUACCCCUCGCUUCUUUUCCAAACCCUCCCUGGGUUUGGUUGGGUUGGCAGGGACGGAGCUGGAUGAAGACACCCCCAAUAACUGGUCGGGGCUGGAAUAGAGGGCGGGAUGGGGGUGGGGAGUCUGGGGAGGAGCUGGGGUUGCCCACCAAGGUUGGCUAGGCAAAUCCUUCCUGGAGAAGGUUUUGAGGGAUGAAUAAGAGUUCACUGGAAAAGGCAGGUUUGGCCUGGGGUGGAAAGUGUACUGGGGAGCGGCUUCUUCUGUCCUGUGACUCUGUUGUCUCCAUUGAAAAGCCCCUAAGCCAGAGGGCGGCAAUGUUAAAUGUGCACCCCAGACCCUGCCCCUCAGGUUGGAUCCCAAAAUGCCCCGCUCAGCUUGGAAGCAGGGCUCGAGCCUAGGAGAUGGGGACAGCGCCUUGAUGGCCUCCUGUCCCCCUCUUCUGUGCCCAUCAGGCCCUACUUCCUCUGGGAUAAUCCGUCCCCACUGGGUUGACCCUGCUAACGAAUGUGCAAAAAAACCCCAAGAGAACAAGCAAAACCUACGAGUUUAUUUUGCCAUCAGAACAAAGAACUUUCUCAUGUUCCUUUGGGGACCGAGCAGUAACCCUAAGAGGCCACUGGAAUCGUAACCCUGAUGCCCAGUCCCAGGGAUGCCAGCUGUAAAACGGGUUCAUGGGGAGCCCACGGGAAAGAGGGGGCUUCUCCCGGCUGAGCCCAGAAUCUGCCACUGAAAGGGCUCCGGCUUAUUCCUUUUGAUAUUUAUACGUUUCUUUUGUAAGUUAAAAACAUCACCUUUGCUGUCACACCAGAGCCUGGCGGGGCCGGCGCGGUAGGUGCGCAGCUAGGGUCUGAGCGCGGGUCACUGCGUGUGUCUGCCUCUCCCUCUCUGCCAGCAGAGGCUUCCUGACCCUACUGUGUGCCCCUGCGUGGGGACUUGGCCUCCGACAAACAAAAGGAAAAACGUGGGGACAUGGGAGGGACAGAAAUUACUUCCUGGAGCUUCAGGGACAGGGUCCAGGGACCGAGAGAAGACAGGGCAGCCGUUUAGCACCGGAAGUCCCUUCAGUGCUGGGUGGGUCGGCCUCGGAACCCCGGGGUUUUGCUUUUCUAAAAAACAUAGCAGGUCCUUGGGCCCUCAGACCCCAGCCUAGCCCAGGGCACAGACACUGGGAGGUGGCAUCUUCCGCCUGUGCCCCUAAGGCCAUCGCUUCUCCCCAGGUGAGGGGCUCCCACCCAGGAAGGCUGUCCCCAUGCAGGACUUUCCCGUAAACUCAGCCGUCUUCGGACACCAGCCCCCCUUUUCCCUCUCGGCACUCACCCUGUUCACCCCCAAAAUGUGAAAUGCUUCUCGGAACCGAGUGGGGAGCUCUGUGGUCUGUCCUGGGUAGGGGGACAGGGUCUCCUGUGUGGGGGCCAAAGAAUUCAUACACUGCCACCCCCUGCACUCGAGGACGCUUCCUCGCGCUCCCCCGCACCCCUGCUUGGCGGCUUCCCCAGAGAGAUCAGGACUUUCCCUAUAUAUAUAUGUGCAUAUAUAGAGAGAGCAAGAGACAGUAUAUAUAUUUUUUUGCGUAUAGGUCAUGGGGCCAAACUUUUCUGACUUCCUAACACCCGAGAGGGGAUGACCCUGAGCUGGUCACUUGGAAGGGACCAGGCUGGCUGGGCGGCCCCGGUGCCCGCCCGUCUGUGACCCCUGGCGGGGACAUCAGACCAGGAUGCGCCCCCCCUUACCUCCGGGCUGCCUGCCUCGUCCGCCAGCCACGCGCAAGGGGCCUGAGCCUGGCCGGCUGGGCUGUCCCUGGUCUCGCUCUCCCGUCUGUCCCGGCCCCAGGGCCCUGCCUUCUCGGAUGCUGGCACAAGGACCCUCAGCACCUCACAGCCCCUGUCUGUCCCCAGUCCCUCUGUCAUAGCCUUAUUCGAGUGACCAAUAGCCCUUAGCUUUCCGUUGGAGGGGACAGCUGGCGAGGGGGUGUCACCCCCGGGCCUCACUGUCCCCCCCCAGGGCAGGCAGCCAUGGUCCCUGCCUCCGAAUCACCAGCCUCCAAAUUAAGGUCCUUGUAACCAAGAUCUCCACGCGCUUUGGAC